AUGGCGACUGCCUUAAUGGUGAUAGCGUCUAUCACAAAGCCUGAAAAGGAAGAUAGCGACACUGCAGUUCAAAAAAGGGUUGAAAGUCCAGAAUCGUACAUCAAGCAUCCAUUACAGAAUAGAUGGGCUCUUUGGUUUUUCAAAAAUGACAAAAGUAAAACUUGGCAAGCCAACCUGCGACUUAUCUCCAAAUUUGACACUGUAGAGGACUUCUGGGCGCUGUAUAACCAUAUUCAGCUGUCCAGUAACUUGAUGUCUGGCUGUGACUAUUCACUUUUUAAGGAUGGAAUUGAGCCCAUGUGGGAAGACAAAAGGAACCGGAGAGGCGGCCGAUGGCUCAUCACACUCUCCAAGCAGCAGCGCAAGGCUGACCUGGAUCGUUUCUGGCUGGAGACGCUCCUGUGUCUCGUGGGGGAAGCGUUUGAUGACCACAGCGACGAUGUGUGCGGCGCAGUCAUCAAUGUACGUGCUAAAGGGGACAAGAUCGCCAUCUGGACCACAGACUAUGAAAACAAGGAGGCCAUCACACACAUAGGACGCGUUUACAAAGAGAGGCUGGGCGUCCCUCCCAUUGUGGUCAUUGGCUACCAGUCUCACGCUGACACGGCCACAAAAAGCGGCUCCACUACAAAGAACAAGUUUGUCGCCUGA